GCUGGACAUCUACGCUAAUAACAUAUCGAAGUUUCAGACACAUGCGUAACAGUCAUACACACACAGAGACGCUGAACCAAAAAAGCCCACUCCUCAGUUCCACCAGUGGGGAGGGACUUCCAGACCAGAUGAGAUUUGUUUCCAAACGCGCACCGAUGGCGGUGUAAGGCGUUUGGCUGAGAAGUACGCACGGCGCUGUGGAUUUGUGGAUGUUUUGUGUAUCUUCUCCCCGAGUGGAUCCAGUUUGAGGGGAAAUAAACAAAACUAUGGAUUACUCUGUCGGCCUACUUUUACUUCUGUCGACCAUUUCAUCUGUGUCGGCCGGACAAUUCCCAUCAGCGCAAAUGAUAAAGGAAUGGGUGGACCAGAUGCAGAAGGACUUAAUCACUUUAACAGACACAGCCAGUGGCAGGCAGAAACUAAUAGAGAUAUAUCACACUCACAAAAGUCACUUCAGUGUGGAGUCCAAUAACCCACGGGAGUUGGUAAAGACUGCUGCAGCAGACAUAGAGAGACUGCUGGCAAAACGCUCUGAGGCUCUAAGGAGACUGGCAGCAGAAGCAGAAACUCUUCAAGUGCAGCAUUCGUGGAUGUACGACACUAAUGUCAGUGAAAUUGCUUACUACAACGCCAAAGAUGAUCUGAAUCAAACCAACCAGAAUGGGCGCUAUAUUCCAGAUGACUUCCACAUAGACCCUGACUUCAAACGACUAGUUUCUUACAAUACCACAGCUGUCCACAUCCCCACAGACAUAUAUGAAGGCUCCACCAUCAUUUUGAAUGAGUUAAACUGGACAACAGGGUUGGACGCAGUUUUCCGGAAAAACAAAGAGGAAGAUCCCACUCUCCUUUGGCAGGUGUUUGGCUCUGCAACUGGACUGACUCGGUACUUUCCAGCAUCUCCUUGGAUCGACUUAAGCAAUUCAGCCCAUAAGAUUGACCUUUACGAUGUGCGCAGACGACCGUGGUACAUUCAAGGGGCAGCCUCACCGAAGGACAUGCUGAUCCUGGUGGAUGCAAGUGGCAGUGUAUCAGGACUCACUCUCAAACUCAUCCGAACGUCAGUCAGCACAAUGCUGGAGACCCUCUCUGAUGACGACUACGUCAACGUGGUCUAUCUCCCUUCGUUCAAUGAAGAUGCCACGAAUGCAGCAUGCUUCCAAAACCUGGUACAGGCCAAUGUCCGCAACAAGAGGAUUCUGAAAGAGGCAGUGCAGGGCAUCACCGCUAAGGGUACCACCAACUACAAAGGGGGAUUUAACCUGGCUUUCAAGCAGCUUGCACAGGUGAAUGUGUCAAGAGCCAAUUGUAACAAGAUAAUCAUGCUUUUUACUGAUGGAGGAGAGGAAAGGGCAGAAGAGAUCUUUGAAACAUAUAAUCCCAAACAAGCGGUACGCAUCUUUACAUUUUCAGUAGGUCAACACAAUUAUGACAAAGGACCAAUACAGUGGAUGGCCUGUGCUAAUAAAGGGUACUACUAUGAGAUCCCAUCUAUAGGUGCCAUUAGACUCAACACUCAGGAAUAUCUGGAUGUUUUAGGCAGGCCUAUGGUCAAGGCGGACAAAAAGGCCAAGCAGGUUCAGUGGACCAACGUCUACCUGGAUGCACUGGAGCUUGGCCUGGUGAUCACUGGAACUCUGCCUGUCUUUAACAAGACCAAAGUCACAGGCUCCAAGAAAUCUCAAAACCAGCUCAUCUUGGGUGUUAUGGCUGUUGAUGUCUCCCUGGAAGAUAUCAAGAGACUGACCCCACGGUUUACUUUUGGACCAAAUGGCUACUACUUUGCCAUUGAUCCCAAUGGAUAUGUGCUGCUCCACCCAAACCUCCAGCCACUGACUGCCAAGUUUCAUGAACCUGUAACAUUGGAUUUCCUUGAUGCCGAGAUAGAUAAUGACAUCAAAGUCGAGAUGAGAAGAAAAAUGAUUGAUGGUCUAACGGGGAAUUACACAAUACCUACACUGGUGAAAUCUCAAGAUGAGCGCUACAUUGAUGUAAGUGAGAGGUCCUAUACAUAUGCACCAGUGAAGUCGACAGAUUACAGCCUAGCUCUGGUCCUACCUGAGUACAGCAUGCAUUACAUCCGGGCCACAAUCGGCGACACAAUCACCCAGGCGAAAUCGUAUUUGGGGAAAGAUGUUUCGGAAAGCCUAAUGGCCGACAAGUUUGAUGAAUAUGGUUAUACAUUCAUUGCACCAAGGAUGUACUGCAAGGACUUGAAACCACCUGACAAGAACAAAAACAACACUGAAUUCCUCAUGGAGUUUAACUAUUACAUCGAUACAAAGACUCCAAACAACCCCAUGUGUAAUGUUGAGCUGGUGAAUCGGCUGCUCUUAGACGCUGGCAUCACUGCAGAUCUCAUAAAGACUUGGAAAACAACGGAGAUGCCGCAUGGAGUCUCAGCCAGAUUUGUUGCCACUGAUGGAGGGAUCACUCGAGUCUACCCCAAAAGUGCUGGUCUUAACUGGAAAGAAGAAGCUGAGACGUACGAGUCAAGUUUCUAUAAACGCAGUUUGGACAAUGAUUUAUACAUCUUUACUCCAACACCCUACCUCGCCAAAGAGAACGUAAGUGAUGACUCAAUACUUGUGAGCAGAGCAGUAGACUUCAUCAAUGAUGACAUUACACUCAAACCAGCUGUGGUCGGCAUAAAGUUGGACAUCAGUGCCUGGAUGGCGAGUUUCAUUAACACCACGCAGAGAAUGAAUUGUAAUGAUGAGAUCUGUGGCUGUCAGCGGAACAAUGAGUUUGUAGACUGCGUCAUUCUUGAUGAUGGGGGCUUCCUGGUGAUGGCGAAUAGAGAUGAAUAUAUCGAUCAGAUUGGGCGUUUCUUCGGUGUUAUUGACCCCAUCCUGAUGAUAAACCUUGUGAACUCCUCCCUGUUCACCUUUAAGAAGACCUUCGACUACCAGUCACUUUGUGACCCCAAGAAAGAAAGCAAGGCAGCUGCAGGCCUGCGAUCUGUCUAUGUGCCCACAAUAGCAGAUAUCCUGAAUGUAGGAUGGUGGGCGACAGCUGCAGCAUGGUCAAUCCUGCAACAAUUACUGGUCAGCAUCACAUUCCCUAACUACCUGAAUGCAGCUGAAAUGGAUGAUGAAGUGUCAGAUGCUAUGCGCAAAGAGGUCUGCAUCACACAGCAAACCCAGUACUACUUUGAGUCGAGUGACCUGUCCUUCAGAGGCACAGUCGACUGUGAAAACUGCUCCAGGCUUUACCAUGCUGAAAAACUGCCUAAUACAAACCUGGUCUUCAUCAUCGCUGAUGCAAAACUCACCUGCACGUCCUGUGAUACCAAGCCAUUAAUACAGGAUGAACAGCAGUCUAAUGGUCCAAAUCCCUGUAAACUGGCACAAGAUCCCAGAUACAGGAAAGGCCCUUCAGUCUGUUUUGAUAACAAUGAAAGUGAUGAGGCCAUGUGCCGAAGGAGCGCAGGCUCCCCAUUGGCUUCUUCUCUGCUCAUGUUACUGCUGCCACUGUUCAUGUGCUGUCUCGGGAGGAGGACCCUGACUGUGGCGGGGUGUCCAGCCUGAGUCCAUCGUUGUGGCUUAUGGUAGCCCUCCAGCUGGUACUUCUGUGGGCUCUGACUGGCUCCAGACACUACACUGUCCCAUCAUGACCCUCCUGAGCAUCCUUAUUACGACUUCACUCUCCUUCUUCUACAUGGCAACCAGCAUGCAACGCUGCCACACAGAAAUGAUGAACACCAGAUGAGAAGUGCUUUUAACAAACACUCACCCUGCCACUACCUUCUUUUGAUACCCUUAUUUUUCAGGGGGGUGGGGUCAGGUUUUAUUUAUUUAUUUAUUUAUUUUCUCGGCCAGAAGUGAGGGUACAAAUGAGAAAUGCAUAUCGGAAGAUUUGACGAGCAAGAACUUGACCUACAGCUAUCCUUCAUCCUUGGUACCUGCCAGCUGAGAUUAGAAGAAUCGAGCGAUUAAUUUUUGUUCGGCCACCUCAGAACUUCCUCAGACUUGAUGGGACUGCCUUACAGUAUAAAUAGGAUGUUUCAAUCACACUUGUGGGACAUGCUGUUUAUUGAAGAUGUUGAGCUAUUUCAUUCAACACUGCCAGAAACAGCGUUGCCCUUUGCAAGCGUACACUUUAUAUUGAGUCGAUUUGCAGUGGCUAGUCAUUAGGUAUUUAUUGUUUUGUGGUUAAGACUUCAGCUUAGAUUACAGUAAGGGAUGCCAAAUUGUUACAUCACAAGCUCUUACCCUUCAUUUGCCUCUGUUGGGUAGCUGGAAAUAUUGUCUCUGAUUUUUAGAUAGUAGCGCUUCCUUGAACGUUUUAUCUAGUGUCUUGGAAAGUUUGCCAGAUUCGUCCUCUAUAUUUUAAUCCCAGUGUUUAUGUACAUACUCUAUUUGCAGUGUGGAAAUCAAGUUCAACUGCCACAGGGCGCUUGUUUUUAAUGUCUGGAUUUUAAAGUCAAGCUGAUCCUCUGCCCUGGUCUGGAUUGGUACAUGUGUCUGGAUUUUCUGUCUUGGUAUUGGAUCACUCCGAUUUCAACUUUGUUGCCAUAGCAAGCGUUAACCAAACGGGAUGAUCCUGGCUCUGGUCUGAUGCGUUGUUCAGUGGACAAAAUCUCUAGUGCCAUGUAGACUGUGCGACUGAGUGGAAAUUUUUAACUUUCUAGACUGUAGCUACUGACUGGAAAGGGGUGUAGUAUGUAGUAGUAUUUAAAUGAAGCAUUAGAGCAUCAUGAUACUGUUUGUCUUACUGCCAUUAUUAAUGAAAAGGUAUGUGGGGAUAUUUAAUUUCUAUCCAACAUAUUUGGCAACAAAAAAGAAAAACAGUACAUGUGUAUUCCCUGCUGUCGCUAUUGAAUUAAAUUACUACUGUCUGAACUACAACUGUAGUUCAAAGUACAAACAUUUGACAUUAGUUCUGCUGUUUUGUUAUGUUUAAAGCUUGAUAAUCAAACUCAGCCUCAAUUGUUCUGUUUAAAGAGGUUUUUUUUUUUUCUUGCAGGUCAUUAAAUUUUUACCAAUGAGGAUAAAUCACUUUAUGAUAUUAUCAAAAUGAUUUCUUCUUUGUUACUGGUUUUCAUUUUCUUUUAAUGUGUUCAGCUUGUUUCAUUUCAUGUGCCUUCUUUUGCAUUAGUUAGUUUUAUUCAUAUAGAAAAACUUAAAAACCUACUGAAGCAUACUAAAAUGGUUUCAUGUUGUUUCCCAGACUGCGGUAAAGAUUUUUAAAAAUGCACUAGUCAGCCAAACUACUGCUGCAGAAAAGAAAAAAUCUGCCAAAAUAACAUAUUUCACAGGACCAAACCUGGACUCUUGAAGCAGCUAAAUGUCAAUGUAGUACUUGACUCAGCAAGGAUUAAAUUUCAGGAAAAAAAGAAAAGAAUCUGUGUAGGAGAUGCAAUAUGGACAAUGUGGACAUGGUGUACUUCUUGUUUAUUUAUGUAUUUACAUAAUAUUAAGGAUUAGAAGAGGAUAAUUAAAUUACACAGAUAAUCCUAUAAACCUAGCUUUAUAAAACACUAUGUUUAAAAAAAAAAAACAGGGUUGGAUUUCUAAAAUGUCAUUUUACUGAAAAACAGCUGCACAUGUUUUGUUUGGCACUGCCACCUAUGAGAAUCAGUGUCAUACAGUUUGAUCAGUACGGAGGUAUAUUUUGGUUGCAGAUAAAAUGACAAUCAUCAUUCAUAUGGAAGUCAUGUGUGAUACCUCAUUAGUUCCUGGAAAAGUAGAAUAUACUGAUAUUCAGAGUUUAUUCUUAUUGAUUUAUUGUUAACCGCUCUACAAAUUUCAAGCCCAUUGUUGAAUUAAAUUGCUAUGCAGUAUAUCAAGUCUUACAUAACACAUAUUUGAAAGGGAAUACGUAGUUAAAAACCACAUGAUUAAGUGGUGUAAUAUUUAUUUAUUACUAUGACAUUCACAACAUUACAAUGACAUUCACACUCAAUAAAUCAGUUUGUAACUUUCUUCAAAGUCAGAUAAUUGAAUACCUCUUCAUCCAAAUGGUUUUGUCACAUUUUGUAGCGAAACUUACUAAGUUGUCUGAGGUGCACUUUUUCCUCUGUCUUUAACUAUAAUCGUCUAACAGAAACAAUGUGGUGAAACUAACAAUGGUAUUUACUGUAUGCUCUUCACUCACUAAUACACAAAAAUAUCAAGUGCCAUAUAGGACUCUCUUAUACUCUUGUGGAGAAACCUAUUAUUAUAAUAUAACAUUUAUGCAAUGUUAAGGCAACAUGUAAGUCAUAUAAAUUGUUUUCCCUGUGCUGCAUGGUAGUGGCUGACAGUUUGAAAAAAACAAACAAAAAAAAAAAAAAAACAUGUAUCUGAUAUGCUCCUGCUUUAGUGUGUAAUGCUGGGAGGCAUAAUAUUCUGGGUGUCUGGCAUUUGUUCAUGAUAUAAGGUAUGAUCAGCUAUUACUGCCUUUCUCUUGGGGAGACAGCAUUUGGCUCCACCCUGGUCUGAGUCUGCUGGAAAAUGAACCUGACUGAGCAUCGUGAUGUUGCACUAGUGUUACAUCUGUCUGAUUGGUUCAAACCAUAUACGAUACUGUUUCGCAAAAAAAAAAAAAAUUUUUAUCAAAAGAUCAUACCAGU